CUUGAAAGACUCCUUUUCCAGCUCCAAACCUGAAAGGGGUGUGUGCCGCAAAGGUAUCUGUCGGGCUCGGUGUCUCACGCGAGGGUUUAAAGAUAACUGAAUUUCUCUUCGCGUCUUGGACGGCGGCCUUCUCCUUCCAACUUUAGAAUCUGUACUAGUUUGUGCCGCCUUUUCUUGUUCCUCAGGUGGCUUUGCACAGGGUCGAGGCACAUCUGCACAGUGGAUAUCCUCAGCUCUGCGUGAGUCUCUCGGAGUCCACCAGUGCCUUGAGACUUCUCUCGACCGGACAAACACGAAAAACGCACCUGCAUUUGUCUACAAGCUGCAGAAACGGACAUGCUCCCCUCUCUCUUCAUAAGGCUCCCUCCGCGUGCUCUCCUACGCCUUCGCUGCCUUUGUGGAAAACCUCUUCGCCAGCUGUGUUGGGCAGGGUGUUGCCCGUGUUCGUACAGCCCAAAACGCCCGUCCUUUGCGUUUUGCGAACGUCUGUGCCCUCUGCAUGGAACACCUUGCGCCACUCUGGAUGCGAAAACGGAGGAAUCGAGUUGGCGUUUUCACCUUAGAGGAAAGUGGAGAAUAACCGAGGGAAGCCUGUCUCGAAGAGCCUCUUGCAGAGUCUUGCUCGGCUUCGCAGCCGCAAAAACGAGGACCGCUCUCAUCUUUCACAGCAGAACAGACACACCUCUGCCGAUUUUCUGUUGGAGAACAGGACGCAUCUUGAGAUAUUCUUUCUAGAGAAACAAGAGGAAAUCGUUUGACGUGUUUCUUCAAAACUCGAGGUUCCGCGCAAACACAUGCUGUCCCUAGGUGUUCGUACACCCCGUGCACGAAGUUUCGACUGCCCCUCUCGCUGUAGAUCCAGCCACGAGUUCCGUUUUCGGAGCUUUCCUUCAACUCGUAGCAUCUUUCAUCUACUCCCGCAGUUGAUUGUUUCGUUUUCUUCAAAACAUGUUUUGACGGGAAAGUCGGGAGGCGUCCUUGUUCCUGGCAUCUUGGCCGCCUUCGCGUAUCUCAUUCUUGAACACGCAGUUGGCUAGCAAGUGGCGACGUAGCUUCGCGUAGCUCUGCGUUGCCCCAAAAUGGUUCUUUCGGUCCUUGCGGCCGCGACUCGCCGCUGUGUUCGAUCUGCGUUGCAGGGGAAGAUCUGCUUUUCCUCUUUCUUCUCUAGAAGCCUUCUUUUGCUCCAGCUGCUCCUCUGCCUGGCGGUCCCGGGAGUGUCUGGCAAGAGAGGCACUUCUCCGCCGCACCGGCUGUGGACUUUGUCCGCGUCCUUCAACUCUUCUUUCGGAUCUCCUGUUGGACGUAACUUCUCUGAGGCGACCUGGACCCCCUUCGCCGCGCUCGCCGACCUCCGUGGACGGAAUGACGCUUCCUGUUCCGGCGUUGCCAAGUUGCUUUCUUCCUGCCCGCGUCUCGGAGGAGACUCGCUGUGCUAUCACAGCGCUCCUGCCGCAGACGGAGCCCUCGCAGAGCAGGUCGCGGGAGCAGGCACGAGCGACAGGAUUUUCCGCUCGAUUUCGCAGGCAAACACUCCGGCUAGAGGCCCUCCCGCAGUGUUUGCAUUCCUCGACGUCUUAGGUCGUGCAAGCCGAGUUCCUCUCUCCAGUUUCCGAGACUUCCGUCGAGGAGUCUCGGAGACCAGGUCCGCCUCCCGCGUAGGCGUGGAGGACAUGCGGCAGUCUGGCAUCGAAGCCGCGUGUGCCGCGUUUUCCGCAGCUUCGAAACGGCGCCAAGAUCACAAAUCUGCUUUGCACUCUGUGGGCCGCAGAGAGGCAGAGUUGGGCGGAGAGGACGUGGGAGAAACAAGCGGCGGCGUCGUUUUCUCGUCCUCCGUGUUUCCAGCUUCCUUCUCCGCUCUGACGUCGACGCCCGUGCCUCUUAUCGGUGCAUCCUUUGCUCAGAGAACUUCCCUCUUUCGCGAUGUGGAAAGCGAAGUUCCGCAAAGCUCUCGGCUCGCGGUCGAGGAUUCAAACGCGGAGAAAGCGGCGCUCGGAGCUGCGUCGUCCUCCGCGACAGGCAGAGAAACCUUUGCGAAAAGGGGAGAGAGAGGAACUGCGGAACUCGAGAGAAUCCACAGACGUCGAGAACGGAUGUGGGCGACAGCUGGCCAGACACCAACAGCCUCGUCCGCGGAAGCAUACGGGGCGAGACCCAGCGCAGACGCGCUUCGCUCUGCUCCCGCGAGUCUGCGGCUGCGCUUCUUCGCGGGCCGAAUCAGCCUUGCCUCGAGAAGAGGCCUCGAGGCGCGCGACCCGUUCGAUGCGCAGAAGGAAGACGGUUGUGACGCGAGCCUCCAAGGAGGCAGGGAGGCGCGUCCCUCGUUUCCAGUGUCUGUACUCCCGGGAAAACAACGGUUGGGUCUAGCCGGCCUCGAGAUGCAUGCCCACCACAAUCGCAAGAGAAACAAACUUGGGAGGCCUUACGGGCAUCGUCGCUGUCUUCUCCGGAAUCUGUGUACCGAGCUUCUGCGUCGAGGCGAACUCACGACAACGCUCACCAGAGCGAAGGAAUGUCGUCGAGCAACCGACAAGCUGAUCAUGCUGGCGAAAGAACCCUCUCUGCACACAUAUCGCCAGGCUCUCGGCUAUUUGUACGACAAACGUCUGACUCGACAGCUUUUUCUCGAGGCUCCUCAGCGAUUUGCGUUCCGGCCCCACGGCUUCUGUCGCGUGCAGAAGCUGCCUUUCUGUCGCCAAGGAGACAACGCGCAGAUGGCCAGAAUCGAACUCUUGGAUUAGCUCUUGGCCAGACCUCCAGCGAGGCGUUGUCGGCUUCCUGGGGUCCUCACCGGACCGGAAAAGGGACGGGGUCCUCUGUGGCCUCUCGUGACAGGAGUCGCGUUCUCGGGAACUCUUCACUGAGGACGGGGGAUGCAGUUCCUCGUUCUGCGGGUCGGCGGUUAGAAUGUUGAAACACUCCACACCGAGUAGUCUCGGCGUGCCUCUGCAGAAACGUUGCUUCCUUGGCGCAAGUACACGCCCACUUCUCUCCGGGGUGCCGCAGUACGUGGAUUUCUGUUGUCACGCGCAUUCUCGCAGCUAGAGAAAACGACUUCUCAGAUUCGAGGAUCUUCACCAGGACCCAACCUCCACGUCUGCGAGUCACCACCUUGGAGACAGGAGUGUCUCAUCUUUGUUCUGCGGAGUUUAUUGUCCGCGUCGGAGGACUUCCUAAUACUGGUUCUACAGGGAGACGAUGAACCUCGAGGGACUGAGGCAAAGAAGUCGCGUAUAUUCAUAUAUAUAUAUAUAUAUGUAUUUGUCUACUUAUGUGUCUAUAUAGAUGUAUAUCAUAUAUCCGAAGAAAUCAGAAAAGAAACGGCCACGGCAAGAGCGGCCGGCCGCCGCCAACAGGAGGUUCGUUGUGCACACUGCAAAGUUUAGGACAGAAAACAUUACGGCUUUUUAAAAGCAGUUGACUGGCACCCAGGGAAAGAGAGAAGAGGGACUUUUCAAGACUUUCCAGAUCCCUUUUGCCAUCUUUCUCGUGUGUCUGUUCUGCCGUGGUCUCUCUUCUAGAAUUCGUUUCCCUGCUACAGCGUGGCCAGCAUCGGACAAGCGGAAUACGUUAUCUGUUGUUUCGGAUAUUCCUGCCGUACAAAUAGCAGCAGCGUCUCGACAAGCGCGAAAGAUCGUGUGAGAGCUCUGUCUGUUUCCGUGGAAAGAAAUCUGGGCUGGACUACCUUUGCUACCGCAGAUUGCAUUUCAAGCGUUAACACUAAAAUUCCGC